AUGGGCAAGAUCGACCAGACCUACAUGUGGAAGGUGGGCCAGGCGGUGCGCGCCAAGCGCGUGGAAUCUGAGAUUCCGCUGGACCCCUUCACCGCGGGCGUCUACGUCGCGACCAUGAUGGCCACAGUGCAGACCCUGCGGGAGAAGGGCCACCCCUACAGCGAGAUCUGCAACGAGUCCAUCAUCGAGGCCGUGGACUCGCUCAACCCCUACAUGCACGCGCGCGGCGUGGCGUUCAUGGUGGACAACUGCUCCUACACCGCGCGCCUCGGCAGCCGCAAGUGGGCGCCGCGGUUCGACUACAUCCUGGAGCAGCAGGCCUUUGUGGCCAUCGACAACAAGGAGCCCGGCGACAAGGACGUCUUUGCCGGCUUCCUCAGCGACCCCGUCCACGCCGCCCUCGCCGCCUGCAGCGAGAUGCGCCCCGCGGUCGACAUCUUUGUCGGCGGCGAGGGCUCGGACGUCGGCGUCGGCGCCGGCGGCGCGCGGACGGAGUACCGCUCGACGGUCGCCAAGGAGACCGCCGGCACCGCCGCUUGA